ACUCUCGUGUAAUAUAACUUCCUGUGUAUAAUCAAAACUACAAAUAUCCACAUGUAGCUAGAAGCGACACUUUUUAACAGGCUACUGCUACUGACUAGCUUCGUGUCAACUGGUGGUUUCAGUUUCAGAAUGUUUUUUAUCUAUUUAAGAUUAAUUCUUUGUUUAGUUUUGCGGUUUUAUGUAAUACAAGUGAUGGCUGGAUACGAGGUGAAGACUGAUACACAUGGUUACGUUAUUUUCUGUGGUGAACAGAGUCCAUGUAUCAACCCUAAUGGCCUUAACGCUAACCCUAACGACUGCUGCUCCUUUUUCAAUUGUUACAACUGUACAUCCUACUUUCUAAAGUGUCCAUCAGGUCUUCACUUCAACUUAAAACGAAACACUUGUGAUUGGCCUCAUCAGGCAGACUGUCGCGCUCAAAAUACAUAUUGCCACCAGAAGUGAACACGAUCCAUAUCUUAUUCGGGAAAUCAUGAUAUGAAAUUUAGUAUUCUUGAGGUAAAGCUAAGAUGAUGGAUUCUAUACUGACUCGUCUAGUGGAUAAACUAUUUUAUUGCUCAGAUGACGCAUUUUUGUGUUCUUUCACAGAUAUGAUGUAUACGUUUCGUUAUCUUACUACUGUAACUUCUUAAAUAUAUCUUAAUAAAGCAUUACGAUAUAUAAUCUAAUUGAGUCUCAUUUAUGAAUUAAGUGAAGGAAAUGAAAAUAAUGAAUAUUGUAAUCUUCGUACACAUCAUUAAAAAUACUAAAA